ACUUUAUUACAGCAUUUCCGUCUUCUCUGCAAGACGGAUAUUUUGGAAUAAACACGUUUCUAAUAAUAAACCGGUUACAAAACGUUUCACUGUCUAGCUUUCAAAUAUUCAGACGCUGCCGCAACUCGAGUUUCGAAAUUAUAAUACGGAAGUGAAAAACCUGCGAAGUGCGUAUCGAAUGAAUGGCAGAUUUCGCGUUUGCAAACGAAAAAAUCACACUACACGGAGCGGUUCAAGAAAAUGACGCAUCGUUAGUUAGAAAGCUUUUAAAUGAAGGCGCAGAUGUCAAUUACAUGGAUAUAAAUAGCGGGACGCCUUUGCAUGCGGCUGCCGAAAACGGGAAUAUUGAAAUCACCCAAAUCCUCCUAGAAUACCGAGCUGACAUCCGCGCGAAAGACAAAUAUGGCAGGACCACCAUCGAUACAGCGUUUUGGAACGGUGGCGAGGCUCUUGCAUCUGCCCUUCUGGAAGAACUCGACGACAUCAACAUUUCGAUAAACAAUCGAGACGACACCCCGCUCCAUUUAGCGGUGGAGCUGGGUUAUCCAGAACUGGUGAAAGCGAUUUUGAAAAGGGGCGGUGAAGUGAACGCGAAGAAAUACAGAGGAAAGACCCCUCUUCACGUGGCUUGUGCUGUAGGGAACGGUGCCAUAGCUAGGAGCCUUCUGGAAUUCGGUGCUGAUUACAAUUGUAAAGAUGAAAACGGUGAUUCGCCUCUACUGAUAGCUUCCAGACAUGGAAACGAAGAUGUGGUGCGAGCGCUCCUGAAUUACGAUGUUGAUGUAAAUGUUCGCGUCCGAAGAGGAGAAAGUGCUCUCCAUUUUUUGAUUGAGAAGAAGGUGAGCGAGAAAACCGUAAGGUUGUUGUUGAAUAAAGGGGCGGAAGUCGAUGUUGGCUCUAUUAUCAAUAGGACACCUCUGCAUAUUUGCGCAAUAUACGGCCAAGCGGAUACAGCCGAAGCUCUUUUGGAAUACAACGCUUAUCCAAACUUUCAAGAUACAAAUGGACAAAUUCCACUGCACUUGGCUUGUAUGCAAGGUAACGAAAGUGUUAUCAGAUUGCUCAUUAGUUAUGGCUCCAGCCUUAAUUUGAAAAAUGAAUUGGGAAAAACACCACUCCAUUAUGCGGUACUUUUUGGUUGUAACCGUAUCGUGGAGUUGCUACUUCUAGAAGGGGCUGACCCAAACGUGCGUAACAUAGAUGGUAGAACACCUUUAGCUUAUUCGGUUUGUGAAGUAUUCAACUGCGAAAUGGUCUCUACUUUGAUAUUAUUUGGAGCAGACGUAAACUGUUUCGACAAGUAUGGCUUAACACCACUUCAUAUAGCUAGCAGAGCUUCUGGCAAAGAUAUGGUUUCACUCCUUUUGGAAUUAGGUGCAGACAUCAAUGCCACUGACGCACAAAAACGAACGCCCUUAGACAUAGCUUUGAAUGAAGCUGACGGAAACCAGGCCGUAAUUUCCCUUUUGAAACAUCAUCUUGUAAUGCGAAGUACAGCUGGUCUUUAUGUAUGCAAAGAAAAUCUAUACCAUCUAGACAUUGACGAAGAACUCGAGUAUUUUCAAGAAAUCUGCAGAGAAGAAGUGGAAAAAAUGAAAAACUUAAAACUGGGCGGAAGUAGAAUUUCUUAUCACGAUGUAUUGACCAAAUCAAUACAUAACUUGGUCAGAAUGGUAAAAAAUGACGAUGUUGUGAGAGCUUUGGAAGAAGAUUAUCAGUAUCUAUUUCCUCUGUAUGGUAAUAUAACUACACCUAUCAUUAAGCAAAAUUUUGCAGUAGCUGUUGAGAGAAGGAAUUUAUUGGAUAAGUCCAUCCAAUUUUUUAAUUUAGAACCAAAACUACCUCAAAAUUGUAUAGAUUUGAUAUUUAUGUAUCUUUGUAAUGCUGAUAUGAUGAAUUGGAUCGUAGCUUUCGAAAAAUAGAAGAUGCCCGUUAUCAAAAUAUGUAUAAAGAGGUUAAUUAUCAACUUAUUAUAGUUGGCUGAAAUAAGAUUGAAAUUUCAGCCUGAAUAUAUCUCAAGUUUUUUCCAUCCUUAGUAGAUGAAGAAAACCUGUUCGUCUUUUAGUUCAUAGAAGGAAUGUAAGAGAAUAAAAGGAGAAUAACCAUUUA